AUGGCCAAAAUUGAUUCUUCAGGUUCCACGAUGCCUAGCAAUUUUAUAGAUGACCUAAAUUAUGAAAAAGAGGACAGUGGAACAUGUGAUUCUCACAAUACAUCUUCAUUUACACUAACAGAUAACAUCCAACAUAGGAGGACUAGUUUGGUUAGCCAGGAGUCAGAGUUUGAAAUAGAAGAUUUUACUUAUAGCGAUGAUGACUUUGAAUACGAUGACGAUGACGGCGAGGCAUAUGAUUCUAUGCUCACAAAACCAGUUAAACAUAGCAACAAAAAAGAAUUAAGUGAAGGUGCUGUUCCUAAUCUCAGUUAUGAAAUAUUGACUACUCAGGACAUUUUUGAGAAUAUGUUAGCUAGAGUGGAUCAUUUGCAACCCAUAUUCAAUAUGCCACGUGAAGAUAUUCUUUUGCUAAUGCAACAUUAUGACUGGAAUGAAGAACGAUUACUUGAAAAUUGGACUGAGAGGAUGGAAGAGUUAUUGGUUGAAAUUGGUGUUAAUCAAGCAGAUGCAAAGCCCACAGAUAUUAAAGUAACUGAGGAUAUAGAUGAGAAGGAAAUUUCUGAGAUAAAAAAGAGAGGUAUUACAUUCAAAGAACAUUUUAAUUGUAUUAUAUGUUGUGAGGAAAAAGACACAAAGACAUUUUCGUUAGAAUGUGGACACGAAUAUUGCAUUGAUUGUUAUAGACACUAUAUCGAAGAUAAACUUCAUAGUGGUAAUGUCAUAACAUGUAUGGAUUGUUCGUUAGCUUUAAAAAAUAUUGAUAUCGAUAGUAUAAUGGGACAUAAUUCAAGUAAGAAAUUAAUGACUUCCUCCAUCAAGAGUUUUGUUCAGAAACAUAAUAAGAAUUAUAAAUGGUGUCCUUAUGCAGAUUGUAAAUGCAUAGUGCAUCUAAGAGAUACAUCAUCUUUAGCGGAAUAUACCAGAUUACAUUAUUCGCCAUUUGUUCAAUGUGAUGCAGGUCAUAGAUUUUGCUUCAAUUGUGGAUUUGAAACGCAUGCACCUGCUGAUUGUAAUGUGACGAGUGCAUGGGUAAAGAAAGCUAGGAAAGAAUCUGAGAAUCUGAACUGGGUAAUGUCACAUACGAAAGAAUGCCCCAAAUGUGAGGUAAAUAUUGAAAAGGAUGGUGGAUGUAAUCAUAUGAAAUGUUCUAGUUGUAAAUAUGAAUUUUGCUGGAUUUGUGAAGGUGAUUGGGCACCCCAUGGGAAAGCAUUCUAUCAGUGUACAUUGUAUAAAAAUGAUGAAAAUUCAAAAAAGACACAAAGUGAAGAGUUAUCAAAGAUAAUGAAAAAAUACACCUUCUAUUACAGAGUAUUUAAUGAACAUGAAAUAUCAGCUAAAUUGGACUGGAAGUUAGGUCAAACAAUUGGAUCAAAAGUGCGUGCUUUACAGGAAAAGAUGGAUAUUUCAUGGAUUGAGGGACAAUUUCUAACAGAUAGCAUUAAGAUUUUGAAUGAAGGAAGAACAGCAUUAAAAUGGUCAUUUCCUGUCGCAUUUUAUUCAGAUGCAUCUCAUAAUUUGACCAAAAUAUUUGUUGAUAAUCAAAGUCUAUUGUCAAAAGCUGUUGAAGACCUUUCUGAACUUCUACAGAUAAAAGACCCUGAAGAAAUUAUGAAAAAUAAGCUUGAAUUUUACAAUAAAUCUGGCUACGUUGAGAAUAGGAUGUAUGCCCUUAUGGAAUGUGGUAGGGACUUACUAUGUAAAGGUAUCUGUAAACCAAAAGACUAA